AUGCUGGCUGCAGCGGCCCUGCUCAUAAGCCUGAGUGUACUAAGUGUACACGGACAAGACCCGGUUCUGGACGACAUGUAUUACGUAGAUUAUACAUACGACGUUGCCACCGAUUACCCUGACACUGUUGUUGAUCCGAACGACUGGUUGUUUGAGCUCCUGGAUGAAACCAAUGUUUGCGAUCCAAACCCCUGCUACAAUGGUGGCUCGUGCCAAAGUACACCUGAUACAGAAUUCACAUGCUCGUGUCCUGAGCCUUACGUGGGCAAUAGGUGUCAAAGAGUGAAAAAUCUUUGCGAGAACAUCCGAUGUGGCCGUGGUGACUGUGUCAUCAACCUGCAGAAACCUCCAUAUUUUGAGUGCAAGUGCAGACCCCCCUUCCAUGGCCCUAACUGCAACACCUUGCCACCAUCACCCUGUGAACCCAAUCCUUGCCAGAAUGGAGGCUCUUGUUCCAAAGGAAACAGCCGCCUCCGCUGUGCUUGUCCUGAUGGAUUUACUGGAAGGUUCUGUGAAAUUGCUCCAGGUGACUGUUAUUCUGGAAAUGGAAAGACAUACAGGGGUGCUGUCAGUGAGACAGAAAAUGGGACACCGUGUCUGGACUGGAACUCAAAUUUCAUUUUGCUCAAUGGAGAUGAUCCUUUCAUCGAAUACUCAGACUUUGAUGGACUGGACAAUAACCACUGCAGGAAUCCAGACGGAGAUGAAAGGCCUUGGUGCUAUGUUAAAAAAGAACGCAAACUCAAGUGGGAAUUCUGCAAUAUCAAGAAGUGCCCUGAUGCCGAAGGCAGUCCCCAACCACCAGUAGUCACACCAGCACCAGGCACUGAGCAGUUCUCCCAGUGUGGGAUACCCCAGUUUCACGAGACCAAGGUUUGGGGGGGUGGCAAGUCCCGCCCCGGCGCCUACCCCUGGCAGGCGUCCCUGCAGGCCAGAAGCAAAAUUUUUGGCGGGAGCUUCCGCCACAUUUGUGGUGGGACCCUCAUCUCUUCCUGCUGGGUCCUCACUGCUGCCCACUGCAUUGAUGCUUUUAAAGAAUACCAAGUGGUUUUGGGAGGUGUUGACAUAGACAGAGCGGAGACAACAGACCAGACCAUCCCAGUGAUAGAAACCAUUGUUCAUGAGAACUACAGGACCUCUCCUGUUGCUGUUUACAACGACGUUGCUCUGCUAAAGCUCAAAGUUACGGACAGCCCUUACUGUGCCGAGGAAACCCGCUAUGUGAAGACAGCGUGUCUACCAGACCAGGACUUCCCUGCUGGAACGCAGUGUGUGAUCUCCGGAUGGGGAGCCACUGAAAACAAGACUUACAGCAGGCAGCUGUUGAAUGCUCAUGUUUUGCUGAUCUCUGAGGCCCGAUGCCAAGCUCCUGACGUCUAUGCAGGUGUGCUGGACAGCAGCAUGUUGUGUGCAGGGAUUUUGAAGGGAGGUGUUGACUCCUGUCAGGGCGACUCAGGUGGACCCUUGGUGUGUGAGAAAAAUGGAAAAGGCUAUGUCACCGGCGUGGUGAGCUGGGGCGACGGCUGUGGUAAAAAGAACAAGCCUGGUAUCUACGCCAACGUCCACAAGUUUGUCGACUGGAUCAAAAGCAAGAUGGCCUGA